AUGACGUCGAAUGUUUCUGAUCCCGCGAAGAAGCAGAAGAAAGAGAGUGGCUUUGGUUAUGCUCGCCACACUUUGCCAAGUGCCCCCGGAUUCUUCUUUGUGCCUGUAAAACAGAAAGACAUGGCUCUCCUGGUCGUCCCGCUGCUUCUGCAAACAGGACUGGUUUUGGGAUCAAACUACGGUUAUGUGGAGUGGUCGGAUAAUGAGCGAGACGAGAAGAACCCACCGGUCUUCAGCACCCAAAACAUCAACAGGGAGCCGCCCCACCACCCGACCUACUACUCGGUACCGGCCACGGAGCGCGCAGUGGUGGCGCACAAAAUUGAGGAGGACCUGCCGAGGGUGGUGACCGCGUUCCUGCACACCGGGGAUUCCUCAGCGCUGAGGCAUGUCAACUGUUCGCGGAGGUACGAGCUGAGGAGCCUGCGAGGCGGCCUGCACGUCGCCUCCCACUACUCCCUGCACAGCAUCCUGGACACUGUAGCGCACGCCACAAACUUCCUGAACAUGAUCCUGCAGGCCAACAGGUCCCGGGAGCAGAGCCCGCGGAUGGACAUCCACUGGUACCACGCGCUGGUCCAGAGUAUCCUCGAGGGGGACCCCAAAAUCUACAGGGCGGUGGUGACCUUCCACGCGGACACACCGACACCGGGCCCACAGAUUUUCCUCCAGGCGACCAGAACCGAGAAGGAGGUGGUGCUGCAGGACUUGUCCGGCUCUGCGCACCGUCACCUGAGCAGCAAGAGCCCGGAGUCCGACUGGUUUACUGAGUUUAGGGACGGGAGGAGACCACACAUGCACAGAAGAGUCCAGGAGGCGUCGGGCACCAGGAGUGGAAGUUACCUUCUGGACAAAAACCAGAUCAAGUGGUCGGCGCCGUACCUGGAGUGUGAACACGGGGCGUUUGUGCCAUAUUGGCUGCUCACCUUGUCUGCUGGCUUUUAUGGACUGAAGAGGAACUCUGCACCAGAGUUCAGGGGUGUGGUUCGUGUGGAUGUGAACCUGCAGGAUGUGGACAUUGACCAGUGCUCCAACAGUGGCUGGUUCGCUGGGACCCACCGCUGUAAUGUCACCAGCAUGGAAUGCACUCCCAUCGCCGGCCAUGGAUUUGUGUUGGACAAGUACAAGUGCCAGUGCAGGAGAGGAUUCUUCCACCCAAGCCGAGUGGCGCUCAAUGGCUUUAAAAGUAAGGAGCAUGGCACCAACAGAGACGAGACCUCUGACGUGUCCAGUAAGUGCCUGCCGUGCCACGAUGGCUGCCCCUACUGCCAGGACGACACGCCCUGCCUGGCGCAGGAGGAUGGUGCUCUGCGGCUUGCUGUGGCCUCCUUCCAUGCUCUGUGCAUGGUGCUGGACCUGGCCAGCAUGGUGGUGGUCUACCACUUCAGGAGGAAGAAGAGCAUCCGGACAUCUGGUCUGAUUCUGCUGGAAGCCAUCUUGGUUGGGGCUUUACUGCUCUACUUCCCAGUGAUGAUCCUGUACUUCCAACCUAGUGUGUUUCGCUGUGUCCUCCUGAGAUGGGUUCGCCUCCUGGGUUUUGCCGUCAUGUACGGCACCGUCAUCCUCAAGCUGUACAGGGUGUUAAAGGUGUUCCUGUCCCGCACGGCUCAGAGGACGCCUUACAUGACCAGCUGGCGGGUACUGCGGCUGCUAGUGGUGAUCCUGCUGGUGGUGCUGUGGUUCCUGGUGGCAUGGACCUCAGCCGUGUGCCAGAACCCUGAGCUGAGUCGGGCUCUGAUUGCCGCAGGCCUCACCCCAGAGGGGCUGCAGUUCAGCAUGUGUCUGCUGGAUCGAUGGGAUUACAUGAUGGCUGUCGCGGAGUUCCUGUUCCUGCUGUGGGGAGUGUACCUCUGCUUCGCGGUCCGCACUGUACCGUCCGCUUUCCACGAGCCACGUUACAUGGCUGUGGCCAUCUACAAUGAGCUCCUCAUAUCAGCCAUCUUCCACAUCAUCAGGUUCUCUCUGGUGCCGGGGCUGCACCCUGACUGGAUGCUCAUGUUGUUCUGUGCUCACACUCAUCUGACUGUGACUGUGACUCUGGGCCUGCUGCUCCUCCCAAAGUUCCUGUCCAAAGGGACUCAGGCCAGGGAUGAUAUUGCCACAGAGGCCUAUGAGGAGGAGCUGGACAUGGGAAGGUCUGGCUCUUACCUCAACAACAGCAUUACCUCGGCCUGGAGUGAGCACAGCUUGGACCCUGAGGAUAUACGGGAUGAGUUGAAGAAGCUGUAUGCCCAGCUGGAAGUCUACAAAUGUAAGAAGAUGCUCGCUAACAACCCUCACCUCCAAAAGAAGCGCAACUCCAAGAAAGGUCUGGGUCGCUCCCUGAUAAAACGGAUAACAGAGAUCCCAGAGACGAUGCACUUACACCGGCAGUGCAGUCGUGAGGACGGAAGCGAACACGGCAGCAACCGCAGCACCUUGAGGAGAAACCCAUUUGAACCGAGUCACCACGCCAAACCUCGGGAUGACUCCCUGAAAAAUAAAGUCAUAGGCUUGAAGAAGUCACUCAGCUAUGACCACGUAUGUGACCAGAAUGAGGAAACUGGAAGCCAAACUGGCUCGACGGCAGGAGACAAAACGACUCCUGUUGGAGGUGGUGGGGAAGGAUCUCUUCUGGGUUCCCUGAUUGGUCGGAAGAAUACUAAGAAGCAGCUGGAACCAGCUGCGACCCCACCGAGACUGGAACCAGCUGAGUCCACAGAGUCUGUUCCACUGUUCUGGAAAUCAGCCAGCGCUCACAACUUAACGCACGAGAAGAAACCUGUCCACCUGCGGACCUCCAUCAUGCAGAAGUCGCUGAGUGUGAUUGCGAGUGCCAAGGAAAAGAUGCCAGGGCUUACCAACAAGACGCAAAGCGUGGAGGACGCCAGUAAGAAGGGUCUGAAGGGACAGGAUGAGAGGAUGCUGUCUGAAGUGGAUGAGACCCCUGAGCAUUACCCCAAGAUGAUCAUCAGCCAGUCAGUGGAGUACUCCAAGACACCCAUGAAGAUGGGCAUCAUGAAACAACAGGUGAGUGGCAGCCAGCCGUCCAUUUGCUCCGAGACCGGUAGGAACCUCUACGAUGUGUCCGAGGUUUGUCCCUGGGAGUUGGAAGAACCUCAGACUCCCUCUGAAGCAAAGACCCAGAAACAUGUUUCCAUUGCUCCUGAAGAAACCACCACAGGCCGGAGAGGCAGCAGCAGCAGCUCUGGAAUCAACAAAGGCAGCCGGUCCCAGCAGAGGCAGAAAGCCGGGCAGUCCCCUUCCAACAGACGGCGCUCUAAAGAUAAAGGAGGAGAACGGGACGAAGGCAGGGAGACACAGAAAUCUCGACCACCCAGGUCACCUCUCCCUCUCAAGCCAGACGUCUGUCCCUGGGAAUUCGAUGAGCAGCCCAUGUUGGGAGGAGACUCAGAUUCCAUCUCCCCAGACAGGAUCAGGCGCAAGAAAAGCGUCACACCCACUGAUGGGAAACCCAAGGGGCUCCACUCAGACCACUCCAAGUCCACGGGAAGCCUUUUGCAGCCUCCCUCCCUAAUGGUAGAGAUCUGCCCAUGGGAUUACACCAGCCCACCUUCCCCUAAGCAGGAAAAGUCCUGCAACAGCCCCACCACACACAAGAAGAAACGGAAAGGCUCCUGCUCGUCCAACCACAAAGCCGAGAAGGAGAAAGCUAGGGAGAAAAGCAGAGAAAGGCGGAGCUCCUCCAGCAAGCCGCCGUCGGAGAGGAGACGCAUUAGCCAGUCGUCGGAGUGCAGCGGGCAGGUUUCUGAGCGGCGGAGGAGCUCUACCAGAGACCAAGAGGUGAUGGAGAUCAGGAGGGGGGAUGUUUUCUCCCGGGAGACGGAGCCCGCACUCACCAGCUUUGCUCAGACUAAAAAAUCACCAGAGAAGAAGAAAGAGAGCUCUUUGAGUAUGAGUUACAAACCUGCUGUCAUCAGCGGGGCAAAGGUGGUUGAUGUAUGCCCCUGGGACUUUCAGGAUCAAGACUCUGCAGAGAGGGCGUGAUGACUGGUGUGAUGAUUGUAUUCUUUUGUAUUCACAGACUGACAGCACAGAGGACAAAGCAACCGAACAAUAAAGAUGUAACAUUGUAAUUGAUAAGAGAGUUUUUAUCGAGGUGAUUUUGAGAAGGAAACCAUUUCUUCUGUUGAUGCCACCAAACAUUAACUAUUUGAUAAAUAGCAAACAUCUCAUUGUUACGUUGCAGUGAAUGCAACCUUCAAGUGACUUUAGAGGAAUUUUUAGUCUGCACUUUUGCUCGCACAUUUGUCAAACUUACAUUGUAUGUAUGUUUUAUCAUUUCCGAGUACAUCAAGGCAAUUUGAAAAUGAAAUCAUACCUGUAUUUGACCAGCAGGUUGGACAAUAAUUUGUCACAAACAGUCAAUGCUUCACCUAUAUUUCUGUACAUUUCCCCUGUUACGCUGAUGAUAUUCUACGUUACGCAGUAAGACAGUGGAGAAUUACUGCAUCAGAUGCUUAUGAUGAAAACAAGCAGGUGGCAGUGGGAAAAAAAAAACAAUGGAAAAAAAGGCCCAGACACAGCUGUUAUGCUUUAGCUUUAGGUCAAAUACAUAAUUCAUGGCUGGAAAAUGAUCUGUAUGAUUAGUGAAACAUGGGAAUAACAAAGGAUUAUA